AUGCCUCAAGAAGUCUCCGACAUCAAGACCUUCAUCGAGAUCUGCCGCCGCAAGGAUGCUUCCUCGGCACGGAUAAAGAAGAACCGCGCAACGCACCAGACCAAGUUCAAGGUCCGAUGCAAGCGGUACCUUUACACCCUCGUGCUCAAGGACUCGGACAAGGCUGAGAAGCUGAGGCAAUCGCUACCGCCCAAUCUUACGAUCGCGGAGACGCCGAAGAAGAACGCCAAGGGCAAGCGGGUUGCGAAGACGACAUGA